AUGAGCCUGGUGGAAUACAAGACAUCCACCCGAACUAUCAGCCACCUCCCGAACGACCCAUAUCUAGCGUACCGCACAUUAAGCAACACCGCCAACACCGGGGAAUACACCACGGAAACCGCUACUGGCGAGAUCAUCAAGCGCACCAUCUCUGCGCGUGGCGAAAAGGUCUCGUACAAACUCGUGACUUUCACCAUCGACGACCCGGACAACCCCAAGAACUGGAGCAAAGCCUACAAAUGGUGGAUCACGAUGGUUAUUGCCGUGAUGUGCUUCAUCGUCGCCCUGUGUUCGUCGGUUAUCACUCCCGGAAUCAAGGGUGUCCAGGAGGAGUUUGGCGUUUCGAGAGAGGUCGCGUUGCUGAGCGUCACACUGUUCGUGGUUGGCUUUGGGAUCGGCCCCAUGGCGUUCGCGCCCAUGAGUGAGAUCCUCGGACGAAGGAUCAUCUAUGUUACGACUUUGGGCGUGUCGGUGCUGUUUAUCAUCCCGUGCGCCUUGGCUAAGAAUAUCCAGACUUUGCUGGUUUGCAGAGCCCUCUGCGGAAUCGCUAUGUCAGCGCCCAUGACAUUGGUCGGUGGAAGUCUGGCAGAUCUGUGGAAAAACGAAGAACGUGGUGUUCCCAUGGCAGUCUUCAGCGCCGCUCCGUUCAUCGGUCCCGCGAUUGGUCCUCUCAUCGGCGGCUACCUGGACAUGUCCAAUGGCUGGCGCUGGCUCUACUGGAUCCAGCUGAUCCUCGCCGGCACAAUCUACCUGGUCCUGACCUUCACCGUGUCCGAGACGUACGCGCCCAAGAUCCUCACGGACCGCGCCAAAAAGCUGCGCAAAGAAACCGGCGACCAAAUGCACGUCACCGAGGACGAGAUUGACCGCCGCCCGUUCAAGGAAACACUUACGCUUUUCGUUGCUCGGCCGUUCCAGCUGCUGUUCGGAGAGCUCAUCGUGCUUCUGCUGAGUCUGUACAUGAGUGUGCUUUACGGCCUGCUGUACAUGUUCUUUGUUGCCUACCCCAUCGUCUACGAAGAGGGCAAACACUGGCGUCCGGGAGUAACAGGGCUGAUGUUCCUCCCGAUCGCGGUGGGGGUCCUCGCCAGCGCCGCGUGCGCACCGCUCGUAAACAAGCACUACCUCAAGAUCCACGCAAAGUUCAACGGCAAUCCCCCGCCGGAAAUGCGGUUGAUCCCGAUGAUGUACUCCCUGCUUCCUGAUCCCCAUCGGCCUGGCAGCAUGCUGGGCGGCUUCCAGUCGGGUUUCGGGUUCAUCUUCUUGUACAACUCGUGCAAUAACUACCUGGUGGACACGUACCAAUCCCAAGCAGCCUCCGCGCUCGCGGCCAAAACAUUUCUCCGGUCCAUGUGGGGCGCAAGCACAGUCCUGUUCACGAGCCAGAUGUACCACAAGAUGGGAUACCAGUGGGCAAGCACCGUUCCUGGCUUUACUGGUCUCGCAUGCGGCGCUAUCCGUUUUGCUUUUACCUUUAUGGCGCAAGGAUCAGGCUAG